GAGGAGGAGGAGGAAGGGAGUAGGAGCCCGCAAGGAAUCAAAGGUCCUUCUUUUGUCCCUUUCGUUCGGGACCCCGACAUAUGGGGUCAGCGCGGACUGAAUGGGUUCAUACUGAAGCCUCCUGCCGUGGACGCAGAUGAGAACGCGCGUUAAUUAGAAAAAUCUGGUGAAGUAAUUAACAGCAAAGGAGAGAAGACGUGCGGGUUGGAGCGCAGAAGCUGAGCGUUCUGUUUGCGAUAAAAGUUUGUUGGGGCACUUUCAUUUCCUUUUUGGAACGCAAUUGAAGCUAAUUUGGAGUUUUGUUGCGCAAAGUUUAUUUUACCCGCAGUCUGAAAAAAAUAAAGUCAAAUUUUUCGAGCUGUGUGCGCCGCAGAGCGUUUAGAGCUGAUUUAGUGUUCCAGUUACCUUGGCACCAUGAGUUGGAGCUUCCUAACCCGUCUGCUGGAUGAAAUCUCCAACCACUCUACCUUUGUGGGGAAGAUCUGGCUAUCUGUGCUCAUCAUCUUCCGCAUUGUGCUGACUGCUGUCGGUGGCGAAACCAUCUACUACGAUGAACAAAGUAAAUUUGUCUGCAACACACAACAGCCUGGGUGUGAGAACGUGUGCUAUGAUGCAUUUGCUCCACUUUCACAUGUCAGAUUCUGGAUCUUUCAGGUGAUCAUGAUCACCACUCCCACCAUCAUGUACCUGGGCUUUGCCAUGCACAAGAUUGCCCGUAUGGAAGACACUGAGCACCAGUCCAGCAGGAACCGUAAGAAAAGGAUUCCCAUCGUGAGCCGUGGUGCAGUGCGAGACUAUGAAGAAGCAGAGGACAAUGGAGAAGAAGACCCAAUGAUCGCUGAAGAGAUUGAAUCUGACAAAUCAGAGAAGGCAGACAAAAGCUCAGAGAAAAAGCAUGAUGGGCGGCGGCGGAUCCUGCGCGAUGGCCUCAUGAAAGUCUACCUGUGCCAGCUGCUGUGGCGCUCUGCAUUUGAAGUCGCCUUCCUUUUUGGCCAAUAUGUCCUCUAUGGCUUUGAGGUGAUCCCCUCAUACAUCUGCACCCGCUCGCCAUGCCCUCACACUGUGGACUGCUUUGUGUCCCGCCCCACGGAGAAGACCAUCUUCCUACUGGUAAUGUACGUUGUGUCAUUUCUCUGCCUGCUCCUCACGGUCCUGGAGAUUAUCCACUUGGGGAUUGGUGGUAUCCGUGACACCUUCCGCAGGCGGGCCACCCUCAAUUCCCAUGGACCCCAUCCAUCCUCUUCACGCACCAUCCCCACCGCUCCACCGGGAUACCAUGCCACCAUGAAGAAGGAGAAACUGAAAGCAGAGCUGAGGGACUUGCCAAUGGGUGACUCUGGGCGAGAGAGUUUUGGGGACGAAGGCCCCUCUUCCAGGGAGUUGGAGCGGUUAAGGAGACACCUCAAGUUGGCACAGCAGCACCUGGGCCUCGCCUACCCAGCAGAUGAAGGCAGUCCUUCACGCAGCAGCAGCCCAGAGGUCAACACAACCACACAGUCGGCCGCCGAGCAGAACCGCCUCAACUUUGCCCAGGAAAAGCAGGGAGAGGCAAGCGAGAAAGGAAUACAUGCCUGAGCGUGCUUCCUGCCUCAAAUGUCUGUCCUUCUAUUCCUACUGGCCUUAAACACAUGGGGGAAGCACAUAUGGGAAUGCAGUCAGACCACUGAGGGAGACCAAAGCACUUGUGCGUGUGUGACAGAGAAAGAGAGUGAGUGAGUGUGAGAGAUGUGCCUUUCAGUAUUAGGGGGUCAGACGAGGAAAAAAGAAAUGCUGACCAACUGUGUUGUGACAAAUGAUUCAUCUCCACGACUCUAAACUUGAAAGCCCACCAUAUUAUGAGUUUACGCUUACCGACUGAUGUCCAAACCUUGACUGUGCGCCUUUGGCUAAAAUUUGUCUACACCCUGUUCUUUUGGCCAUGUUUUUUUUUCUUUUUUUGUGGCCAUGAAAUAAUCCCUUUCUAUUUAAGACUUUGUAAGGAUAUUGUGAGCUUUAAAACUCCUCUGGCUGAGUGUGCUUUAUUUUGUCUUCCUCACAAAAGAGAGGCUCUCCUUUUUAUCAAAAUGUCACAGAAUGUUAAUGUCUCACUUUGUUGAGGCAUGUUGGCUUCAGAGAGAAUCUUAAACAUAGCCUUGGGUUAUGUCGUUUUGGACCCUGUGCAGGAGCAUGUUUGUUGCAACUAGCAUGGCUGAAACUGUGCUAGGUGAGUCAUGUUUAAGUUAAUUUAAACAGAUUUGAUGUUGGGGAUUAUUGUUUAUUCACCAGAAGUCAUGCAAUAUCAGAGAUGUUUGACAGAUAUUUGAAGCCUUUAUAGUUACUCUAAUCGGCCAAAAUAUUUACCUGGGCAAUGCUUGAAUUCUUAAUCAGCAGGAAAUGCUCCAAGGAAUUUCCAAGAAUUGUAUUUGUAAAAUCAGUUAAUUUGAAAUAGUUACCAGAACUUUUUUUUUUUUUUUUUUUUUUUUUUUUUAAAACUGAUUUGACCAAAGAUCUAGACUAGUGACUUGAAAAGAAAGUUUUGGCAACACAAAUACCAACUGUUUAACAUGACGAAUGAAAAGUAAACAUUUGGAUGUUGAUAAAUUCUUCUCUUCCCUCAAUUAAAAAAUAAAUAAAUGUUCACAAUGUUCGUCACUGAAGAAUAGUUUAAAAAAAAAAAAAAAAUUUUUUUUUGGUGAGUUUCUUGCUACCCAGCUGGAAGCAUCUGUCUUCUGGGACACUGUCAACAAAGAAAUUCUAUCAUGUCUUUUGAAAUUUAUAUUCUUCGUUGGUGACACUUAUUUUCCAUCCUUGACAUGGUCCACUACUUAUGUGCUGAAACAUGGAUGGCAUUGUGUAUGAUGAGAUUUAAAAAAAAAAAUAAAUAAAUAAAUAAAACAACCUAUUUGAGGAAAGGAUGACGGUUGUCUGCUGACGCACAUCCUGGUGCCAUGUAAACACAUAGGUUCAUCUUGAGAUUAUGGAUCAGUGUUCAUAGAGUUCAUACUUUUUUCACAGCCUGUCAGUUGGUUUUAUGGUCUGGUGGCUUAAAAAAUGAAACAACGGAUUGCCACAAAGCUCUUUGCUGUAUUGUAAUCAUCUCACUUCCAAUUUUUGCUAGUUAUUGCAAGGUACAACAUUCCAUUUUGAGUAUGGCACUCCUUCAAUGGUGGUACUUUUUUCUAUUGCAAAUUUUGUAGUGUUUGUAACUGUAGAGAUUAUUUUGUCUUCAGAGUAAAUAAAUAUAUUUGAACUGAA